AUGGAUAUAGACUAUGAGAAUGGCCCAGCUAUCCCUCUAUCUGACCAGCGAACCGAGGAUCUCGUGAGAGGGGUAGAACAGUUUCACAAGUGGCUCAAACUCAAGGAUAUCAUCGAAAAAGACACCCUCAUCAAAGGCGCGAAGAUAGCAAGGGCUCCGGACAACUUCGCCCUGGUAGGUCUCAGUGUUCCUGAAGAGGAAGCAAUAACGAGCGAGGAUAAGCAAUUACCCUGGCAAACUAGAGGUCUCCUAGUCACUAUCAUGGUGACUGCUUGCGCUGCUAUUACCCAGUUUGUCUUCAGCGCCCUUAAUCUUCUGAACUUUGCCUGA